UCCUCCUCCUCAGUCAGCAGUUUGCAUAGUUGUGUGAUAUAACCGAAACUCUUCCACCACCCGGCGCGUAAACCCACCGCGUCCGCCAGCUGCCCCAACACGUCCCGCCCAUAAACGCCGAGCAUGUCACUCCGUAAAGUUCCUGACACCCCGGUGGAAGUCAUUGUGGAUCUGUUAACGAAAGCCAAAGAUGUAGCUGCAGCACAUGGUUCUGUUCCUGAGGACCUGAUGAGCCACUUGCAGAAGGCUCUGGACAUCGCCAGUGGACUGGAUGACUACCUGGACGAAAUAACCACACAGGAAAGCGAACCUCUGGCAGAGCUUUAUAAAAAAACGAUGUCUCAUGACUGGGAUCAGGUGUACAAGGAUGGGAAAACAAUAUUCCGUCUACCCAAAGAGUGCAUCACUGGCCACGUUGAAGGCCAAACCCUUAAGAUGCUGAUCCACAUGAGUCAAGCCAGGAGGGUCCUAGAGAUCGGGAUGUUCACAGGCUACGGAGCCCUGUCCAUGGCUGAGGGGCUUCCUGAGGAUGGCAGCAUAGUGGCCUGUGAGCUGGAGCCGUAUCUCAAAGACUUCGCUCAGCCCAUUUUUGACAAGUCUCCACAUGGCAAGAAGAUAACUGUCAAGACUGGAUCUGCCAUGGACACCCUGAAGGAACUGGCUUCUGCAGGCGAGCAGUUUGACCUGGUCUUUAUUGAUGCUGACAAGAGUAAUUACAUCAACUACUACAACUUCAUCAUGGAGCACAACCUGCUGAGGCUGCGAGGACUCAUAUGUGUAGACAACUCACUGUUCAAAGCAAAGGUUUAUCUUGAAAACACCACUGAUAGCAACGGGCUGGCACUUCGAGAGUUCAACCAGUUCGUGUCCAGCGAUCCGCGGGUGGAGCAGGUCAUUGUCCCUCUCAGAGACGGCAUCAGUCUCAUCAGGCGGGCGUCCGUGGCCUCUGAGCUGCUGCAGGGUACGAUAACAGAUGAUGAAGUUUUUCGUGGGGUCAAGGGCCGUUCCAUCCUGGAUCGGCUGCGUCUUGAUGGAAAGGUGGCCUAUGUGACGGGUGGCGGGCAAGGCAUCGGGCGAGCGUUCGCUCAUGCCCUGGGGGAGGCUGGUGCGAAGGUGGCUGUGGUGGAUCUGGAUCAAGCUAAAGCUGAGGCAGUUGGAAAGGAGCUUUUUCUCAAAGGUAUCCACGCCAUUUCCAUCACGGCAGACGUCAGCAAGUCGGACGACGUCCAGAGGAUGGUGGACACCAUCGUCUCUAAAUGGGGAUCAAUCCACAUCGGCUGCAACAACGCUGGCAUCAACAUGAACUCAGCCAGCGAGGACACCAGCUUAGAAGAGUGGGACAAAACCUUCAGCGUGAACCUGAGGGGGACUUUCAUGUGUUGUCAGGCAGCAGGUCGAGUGAUGUUAAAGCAAGGAUACGGGAAGAUUAUCAACACAGCCUCCAUGGCCAGUCUAAUAGUGCCCCACCCGCAGAAGCAGCUUUCCUACAACACAUCCAAGGCCGGAGUAGUAAAACUGACUCAGACUUUGGGCACUGAAUGGGUUGACAGAGGAGUGCGCGUCAACUGCAUCUCACCGGGGAUUGUUGACACCCCUCUCAUCCACUCGGAGGAUCUGAGGCCUCUGGUGCAGCGCUGGCUGUCAGACAUCCCUGCUGGUAGACUGGCUCAAGUGACAGACCUGCAAGCUGCAGUGGUCUACUUGGCAUCUGAAGCCUCUGACUACAUGACAGGGCAUAACUUAGUCAUAGAGGGUGGGCAGAGUCUGUGGUAGAAGCUGCAGAGGAGAAAUGAAAACUUUACUCCCCUCUUCACUGGAAAUAAGUGGCAUUCAUAUUAUCUCAGUUUAAAUUUUAAAGCUAAAGGCAAAGUUUCAGUCUCCCGUCCAGGAUGUUGCAGCAAUGGUUAGAUGUGUUUGAUAAACACUAAGAAGAGUUGGAAGAACUGCUGAGCAGCAAGUAAAAGUACCGAACCUGUCAGACCCAUGUUGGUGUUUGAAUGAUGGUGGAAAAACUGAUCUUUGGGUUUGUUGGGUUUAAUUGUUACAGAUGUGGCCAGUAGACGAGGUCUGGGUGACCCAGGGAUGCAGAUUUUGUGAUACACUGAAAAAUAAACGUUGAAC